CUUCGUGUUUGAUCUCUGCCGCUGGGCUGUUGAUGGUGGGGCUGGGAACCGGAAGUGGACUUCACUGACUGACUUGGGGAUAGUGGCUGAAGGAUGAAAACACCAUCUCGAUGAGAAGGAUGUUAAACCCUUUAGUGUCGUAAGCUAAACAAAUUCAGGCUUAAAUCACGAGAAGGAUGAAUAGUUCUGUCCGAGCUAGAACUGAAGCACUAGGAAGGAUAAAGGCGCGUUGCUAAAUGGAGUCAGAGCAGCUGUACCACAGGGGCUACUGCAGGAACAGCUACAACAGCAUCGCCAGCGCCAGCAGUGACGAGGAGCUGCUGGAUGGAGCCGGCAUCGUCAUGGACUUCCACACCACUGAGGAUGACAACCUGCUCGACGGGGACGCUGCCUCCCGAGGGUCUAAUUACACCAUGUCUAAUGGGGGCGGGGGCCCCAGCAGCUCUACCCACCUGCUGGACUUCCUGGAGGAGCCCAUUCCUGGAGUGGGCACCUACGACGACUUCCACACCAUCGACUGGGUCCGCGAGAAGUGUAAGGAUCGAGAGAGACACAGAAAGAUCAACAGCAAAAAAAAAGAGUCCGCAUGGGAGUUCACCAAGAGCCUGUACGACGCCUGGUCCGGCUGGCUGGUCGUGACGCUCACCGGCCUGGCAUCAGGGGCUUUGGCUGGCCUGAUUGACAUUGCUGCCGAUUGGAUGAAUGACCUGAAGGAGGGCGUGUGUCUCAGCGCCAUGUGGUUCAACCACGAGCAGUGCUGCUGGACGUCCAACGAGACCACCUUUGCUGAGAGGGACAAGUGUCCGCAGUGGAAGAGCUGGGCUGAGCUAAUACUGGGGCAGGCUGAGGGCCCCGGCUCAUAUAUCAUGAACUACUUCAUGUACAUCUACUGGGCUCUGUCCUUCGCCUUCCUGGCCGUCUGUCUGGUCAAAGUCUUUGCUCCGUACGCCUGUGGCUCAGGGAUUCCUGAGAUCAAGACAAUCCUGAGCGGGUUCAUCAUCCGGGGCUACCUGGGCAAGUGGACGUUGAUGAUCAAGACCAUCACCCUGGUUCUGGCUGUGGCUUCUGGCCUCAGCCUGGGGAAGGAAGGACCCCUGGUCCACGUGGCCUGCUGCUGUGGGAACAUCUUCUCCUACCUCUUUCCAAAGUACAGCAAGAACGAAGCCAAGAAGCGAGAGGUUUUGUCUGCUGCCUCGGCUGCUGGGGUGUCCGUUGCUUUUGGAGCACCAAUUGGAGGAGUUCUCUUCAGUUUGGAGGAGGUGAGCUACUACUUCCCUCUGAAGACUCUGUGGCGCUCCUUCUUUGCUGCCCUGGUGGCAGCCUUCGUGCUUCGCUCCAUCAACCCUUUUGGGAACAGCCGCCUGGUUCUGUUCUACGUGGAGUACCACACGCCGUGGUACAUCUUUGAACUCCUCCCAUUCAUCCUCCUGGGGGUGUUCGGAGGGCUCUGGGGUGCCUUCUUUAUCCGGGCCAACAUCGCCUGGUGUCGGAGGCGAAAGUCCACGCGUUUUGGCGAGUACCCAGUGCUGGAGGUGAUCCUGGUGGCAGCCAUCACAGCAGUGGUCGCGUUCCCAAACCCGUACACGCGUCAGAACACCAGCGAGCUGAUAAAGGAGCUGUUCACUGACUGCGGCCCGCUGGAAUCUUCACAGCUCUGCCAGUACCGCAGCCAGAUGAACGGCAGCAAAGCGUUCACUGACAACCCGAACCGGCCAGCGGGGCCCGGCGUCUACUCCGCCAUGUGGCAGCUGUGCCUGGCCCUCAUCUUCAAAAUCAUCAUGACUAUAUUCACAUUUGGACUGAAGGUACCGUCGGGUUUGUUCAUCCCCAGCAUGGCCAUCGGGGCGAUCGCAGGGCGAAUCGUCGGCAUCGCCAUGGAGCAGCUGGCCUAUUACCACCACGACUGGUUUCUGUUUAAAGAGUGGUGCGAGGUGGGAGCUGACUGCAUCACUCCCGGGCUCUACGCCAUGGUAGGGGCCGCAGCGUGUCUGGGGGGUGUCACACGAAUGACUGUCUCCCUAGUCGUCAUUGUGUUCGAGCUGACCGGUGGUCUGGAGUACAUCGUCCCCCUCAUGGCUGCCGUCAUGACCAGCAAAUGGGUCGGGGACGCAUUUGGACGAGAGGGAAUCUACGAGGCCCACAUCCGUCUGAACGGGUACCCCUUCCUGGACGCUAAAGAGGAAUUCACACACACCACUUUGGCCAGGGAUGUGAUGAGGCCCCGCAGCAGUGACCCGCCGCUGGCGGUGCUGACACAGGAUGACCUGACAGUGGAAGAGCUGCAGAGCGUCAUCAAUGAAACCAGUUAUAAUGGUUUCCCAGUGAUCGUGUCCAAGGAGUCUCAGAGACUGGUGGGCUUCGCCCUACGCAGGGACAUUACUAUUGCUAUAGAAAAUGCUCGUCGUAAGCAGGAGGGCAUCUUGUUGAACUCCAGGGUGUACUUCACCCAGCACGCCCCCACCCUGCCGGCCGACAGCCCCCGACCCCUAAAGCUGCGCUCCAUCCUGGACAUGAGCCCUUUCACCGUCACAGACCACACCCCCAUGGAGAUCGUGGUGGACAUUUUCAGAAAGCUGGGGCUGCGCCAGUGCUUGGUCACACACAACGGGAUUGUGUUGGGCAUCAUCACAAAGAAGAAUAUUUUAGAGCAUCUGGAGGAGCUCAAGCAGCACACGGAGCCCCUGGCGCCUUCUUGGUAUUAUCACAAAAAAAGAUAUCCUUCGUCACAUGGCUCAAAUGGCGAACCAAGAUCCAGAGUCCAUCAUGUUCAACUGAUAUGCUCCUUCCAGGACGGCAGGAGGGAGGAGGACGAGGAGGAGGUGUGCCUCCUGAACGGCUCUAACCUCUGACAUACGGACCUGUUUUGUUUUGUUUAUUUUUUGUCAUGUUAGCGUUCCGCUAUGUGGACCCUAAACCUCACUGACUGUGGUUUCCAGAGACUAACGGGCCACAGGAAGGACAAAAGGAUGAUUGAAAUAAAAAACUGUUAUCAUCUGGCUGCUGAAGAAACACUAAAAGGUCAAGUGUUGAAGGCACACACACACACACACACACACACACACACACACAAUGCACUUUUUACACACAGAAAAACACACUUUUGCACUUGCAGACACCUCAAACAUGCAUGCUGUCCCACCACACACACCUGAGACUCCCUCACCUGAAAUGCUACACCCAUUAUUUGCACUCUUUGUGUGCCUCGCCUGGCUGGGGUCAAAGGUCAAAAUGAACCGCAAACGAGGGAAGCGAUGAGGGACCUUGAAGCCUCCUGGUUCACGCACACACACUCACCUCUGACCUGCCCGUCUUCUGGAAAAAACUGUUUACGUGUGUGUGUGUGUGUGUGUGUGUGUGUGUCUCACCUUCACAUUCCAGCCAGAUUACCGUGGAAACGAGAUAUUUCAACUGGUCCACACAGGGCUUGAGGUGUGUGUGUGCGUGUGUGUGUGUGAGAGUAAAAGAAAGGUAUUGAAGUAGUGUUGGUACUGUAUUUUCGUUACAAAAACAUUCGCUUUCUAAAGGAAGAAAUGCAAAAAGUUAAAUUUCAUUUUUGAGCCAAUAUCAGGUGUGUGUGUGUGUGUGUGUGUGUGUGUGUGUGUGUGUGUGUGUGUGUGUGUGUGUGUGUGUGUGUGUGUGUGUGUGUGUGUGUGUGUGUGUGUGUGUGUGUGUGUGUGUCCAGUCAAUUUCUUAUGAAGGCAGGGUGAGUUUAUUCAUGGAUUAUAAAACUAAUCAGUCUGAGUGAAUAGUUGCAUCCUGAAGCAAAACUAAACUGGAAAUCCAUUUUAAACUGGUCCAAGUUGUUAAACCAGAAGAACCAUUAUGAUUAAGCAUCAGACUGACUUUGUUUCUGCUGUUUUCCAGAAAUGACAUCUUAGACAUCAAGAGGCAGAACUCCAGGUAGCUAAAUGAUCGUUUAUCAGGAUCCUCUGAUUUUACAGCAUAAAGGCUUUUUUGGCACCUGAACGCACCACUGUAACAGAAACUGUUCAGGCUGUUGUUCAGUUUAAUACUUGAAUUAAUCCUCGUUUCAUUGUAUCCGUCAACUUAAACUAAUGGUUCAAGUUUUACUGUUUGAUCUAAAGAUGUUAAAAAUGAAGCAAAAAUAACCAACGUUCCAAAUGUAAUCACAUGAAAUGUAAUCACGUGACAUGACGACAUGAAAUGAAGUUACCCAAGUGCUUUAACUUGGCUUUUAAAAACAUCCCUGUAGUUUCUGAAAAUGAUGUUGAUUUGAUCAAAAAACGAGAAGAAACAAGCUGCUUUCAGGCUGAUUUGAUGCUUUAUCAUCAGCUCACUGAUUAGCUAAAAGUUGGAGGAAAAGGAAGCGCCUUUACCUGUGAAGUGUGUGUGUGUGUGUUGCCCGUGACUGCCCUGCUGAGGUCCAACAGGAAACGGAGCAUCAUCCUCGUCCACCAGUGGUGUUGCCUAACAUUGUGUUUCAUACUGAUCUCAAUGUUUUUCUUCAUUUUCUAAUUCAUGGGUAGUGUCAAUAGAGUUGUGAAUUAUUAUUAUUAUUAUUAUUAUUAUUGCACAGAAUUUUAUGUAUGAUUACAUUGUUUGAUUGUACAUUAAAAGAGAAAUAUGUAAAGAAAAAUGUUUUAAAUUAAAAGGAGAAAAUGUUCAAGCUGCA